UGUAUCUUAAAUAUUAGCUAAACUCCAAAAUAGCCUAAAAAACAGUAAAAAAACAAAACAAAAUUAGCCAAAAAAAAGCGCAAUUAUUUAUUUAAUAAUAUUUAAUUGUGACUUGUCUGAGUGUAAAAUUAUCAGCUAAUCCAAAAAUAAUUAAUUUUUAAGUUCUGUUGAUGUAAAAUACAACUUGAUGACGUAUACAAAAUGAGCUGGCAUACAGUUUCCCUCCUCUUUUUAAACGGACCAGACUGCGUUGAAGGCUCCUUCAGCUCUGUGUGCGCCGCCAUCCUCACUGUCACUGGGGCCCUGUGCUGCAUCACAGAGCUGUGCGGGGGGGAACAAAGGCACAGAAUAAAAAGGAUGAUUCACUGGGCUCAACGGAUCGAGAAAGAACUGGAGAAGGUUCUCCAGCACGUAACUGGAACUGAGCAGAUGAAAUCGAUUUAUAAUGAGAAGAAGAGCCAGUUCGAAAUCAAGAGGAACAACCCCAAGGACUUGGUGGAUAGAGUAGCACGGGACAUCUCCAAGCUGCUGAACAGCAAGAGAAAAGCCCUCGAGAAACUCGCCAGGGAAGCCGAGCAGCUUCAGAAGGAGCAUGUAUGGCAAGAUGGUGUGACGGAGAAUGACAUUUCAUACUACGAUUCCAAAGCGGAUUCAGACUAUCAGAUGGAGGAUGGUGAGGAGGAAAUCCCGACUGAGAUCUCGUCCUCUCUGGAGCUGGAGUUUGUGCCGGAUCCCAAUUUCAAAAAUAAGGUCAACUACUCGUCCAGCGCCGUCCAGAUCCCUACGGACAUUUACAAAGGCUCGCCCGUCAUCCUCAAUGAGCUGAACUGGACUCAGGCCUUGGAGAGAGUCUUCAUUGAAAACCGGCGGGAGGACAGCUCUCUGCGCUGGCAGGUGUUUGGCAGUGCCACAGGAGUGACCAGAUACUACCCAGCCACUCCAUGGAGGGCACCCAACAAGAUUGACCUGUAUGAUGUACGCAGAAGACCAUGGUAUAUCCAAGGCGCAUCAUCUCCUAAAGACAUGGUCAUCAUUGUAGACGUGAGUGGAAGCGUCAGUGGACUCACUCUGAAGCUCAUGAAAACCUCGGUGGUGGAGAUGCUCGAUACCCUUUCCGAUGAUGAUUAUGUGAAUGUGGCCCGGUUCAAUGAAAAGGCUGACGCCGUUGUGCCGUGCUUUAAGACUUUGGUCCAAGCCAACGUUCGGAACAAGAAGAUCUUCAAGGAAGCUGUCAUGCACAUGCAGGCCAAAGGAACCACCGACUACAAGUCUGGUUACUACUUUGAAAUCCCGUCAAUCGGCGCCAUUAGGAUCAACACACAGGAGUACCUGGAUGUUCUGGGACGCCCGAUGGUGCUCGCCGGGCCGAGAGCCAAGCAGGUGCAGUGGACCAAUGUCUACCAGGAUGCACUGGGUUUGGGUCUCGUCAUCACGGGGACUAUGCCAGUCUUCAACCUCACAGCAGAUACUGUGAGCUCCCAGAAUCAGCUCAUCCUUGGGGUUAUGGGAGUGGACGUUGCAAUCAAUGAAAUCAAAAAGAAGACGCCAACAUACCGACUUGGAGCCAACGGCUACACCUUUGCCAUCGACCCAAACGGUUACGUGCUGCUGCAUCCCAACCUUCAACCAAAGAUCAUUAACUUCAGGGAGCCCGUCACUCUGGACUUCCUCGAUGCAGAACUGGAGGACGGCAACAAGGAGGAGAUCCGGAGACUGAUGAUCGACGGCAAAUCGGGCCAAAGAAAAAUCCGGACGCUUGUGAAGUCAGUUGACGAGAGAUACAUUGAUGAGGUGGUGAGGACUUACACAUGGACGGCUGUGGAGGGGACAGAUUACAGUCUAGGGUUGGUGCUGCCCACAUAUAGUGAGAACCACAUCAAAGCCAACAUAAGUGACCAGAUCCUCCAGGUGCAAUUCUCAUACAUCAAGGAUUUUGAAUCACUGCUGCCAAACACUUUUGAAUCUGAAGGACAUGUAUUCAUUGCUCCCAGGGAGUACUGCAACGAACUUGAACUGUCCAACAACAACACAGAGUUCCUGCUGAACUUCAUUAGUCUCAUGGAGAAGGUGACACCCGAUUCUAAGCAAUGUGAUAAUUUGCUUUUACAUAAUUUGAUUCUGGACACUGGCAUCAUCAGACAGUUGGUUGAGAAGGUUUGGAGAAACAAAGAUUUAAACACGUACGGCUUCUUGGCUGUGUUUGCUGCAACAGAUGGAGGCAUAACGAGAGUCUUCCCCAACAAAGCGGCAGAAAGCUGGGAGGAAGACCCUGAGCCGUUUAAUGCCACCUAUUACCGCCGCAGCCUCGACAACAGCGGCUACAUCUUCAGAGCACCUUAUCGACCCUACAAGGAUGAGAUGCUGAACCCGGAAAACGACACCAUCGGCAUUCUAGUCAGCACAGCCCUGAACUUAGCUGUAGGAGGGAAGACUAUCAAACCUGCAGUGGUUGGAGUGAAACUGGACCUUGAAGCCUGGACAGAAAAAUUCAAGAUUCUCGCCAGCAACCAAACCGACAGUCGCCAAGGCUCAAACACGUGUGGACCAAACAAAGGCUGUGAGAUGGACUGUGAGGCCAACAGUGACGAUCUCCUGUGUUAUUUGGUGGACGACGGUGGAUUCCUAAUCAUGUCCAAUCAGAAAGACGACUGGAGCAAGGUGGGCAUGUUCUUCAAUGACGUCGACCCUUACUUGAUGUACGCUCUGUACAACAACUCCUUCUACAACCGCAAGCAAUCCUUCGAUUACCAGUCUGUGUGUGAGCGCGUGCACAACAGUGAAGCAGGAGCUGCACCCAGAGGAGUCUUUGUGCCGACAGUUGCAGACUUUUUGAACCUGGCGUGGUGGACAUCAGCUGCUGCAUGGUCUUUGUUCCAGCAGCUUCUCUAUGGCCUGGCCCACAACAGCUGGUUCAUCACAGAAAGGGUCAGCGCAGAGGGAUAUGACUCAAAGGAAAGGAGUUGUGUCACCAUCCAGACUCAGUUCUACCUGACUAACCUCAGCAGUUCCUACAACAUCCUCCAAGACUGCGGCAACUGCUCCAGGCUAAUUCACGCCAAGAGGAUAAACAACACAAACCUGCUGUUCGUGGUGGCAGAAAAGAUUCAGUGCUACACGUGUGAGAUAGAGAAGCUUUCCCAGGAGGAGGAAGAGUUCAAGGAGGAAAAUCCCUGUGAAGCCAUAAAUGUGGCGCGCUAUCGAAAAGGACCCUCCACGUGCUUCGAUAACAACGUAGCUGAAAACACAUCAGAUUGUGGGCGUGGCCACUCUUUCCGCCCGCCCCUCUGCGCUUUACUGCUCCUUCAGCUGCUCCUGCUUUAUCCAGCGAUCAGCCCUUACCUGCACUCUAUACUGAAUUAACUCCAUCCUCCCUUUAGCCUCCGUGGGCCGUAGUCCCGCCCCCUCAAGCCCCUCGCCCGUCUCCUCUCACCCUCCUCCCGGUAUCUCCAUAGGUAAUGAGGGGACUUCCCAUCAGAGCAAGCUGGAAGCCCUGAGUGCCACGCUACCCAGUCCGUGUCGCUUAGUGACAACUGCCAGAUGUUUGUGUCCUCCGCCGGUUAGCCUUCAUCUGCAGGAAGAGUGGGCGGCGCCACGGCGCCCGCAGCAUCAGAAGACACUUAAAAACGAGUAAACCGCCCCAACAUGGAGGAGGAGGAGGGAUGGUGAGAUCCCAGACUUUUCCCUGAGGUUUGCCUCCUCCCUCUGCUCUCCUCCUCACCACUCUGCCGAUCGCCUCACACUAGGUGGAGGACCAUCCAGUCAGUUUUAGCCACCAUACGAGAAAAUUGCAAAACUGUCUAGUAUAUAAAAUGUCAAGUAUUACCUGCUAAAGUGAUGAGUAUUGCUAACAAACUGUAUUAGGGUUUUAAUUUGCAAAGGUGUUUGAGACAAUUUAUUGCCAAAAUGAGAUAUACUUUCAUGUGGUCUUAUUCUUUUUAGCCAAAACAUGAAGAACCGUAAGAGGGAACCCUCAGCAACUGAAUCCUGACUCAUUUUGGGCAGCUCUUAAUUACAGGAGAGGAAAAAAAAAUAAUAACAUCCACUGGGCUCUAUUGUAAUUAAAUUAUGGUAAUCACAUUUCUUGAAGUGUUUUCCUGAUAUUUGCUAUUCAGCGCUAGUGCUUUCUGGCUCUCAGGCCGGCUGUAAACUAUGAUUCAGUGUUCGGUUGCUGCAGAAGCAUUGUUGAUGUCGUGUACUAUUCUCCUUUUACGAUCAACCAUUCUAACCUCGAGACAGUACUUUAACCCUUUAACACAGGAGCUCCACUGUAGUUUUUUUAUUUGUUAACACUAGGGCUGCCACAAACGACUAUUUAAAUAGUUGACUAGGGCUGCCACGAUUAGUUGACUAACUGACGACUAAUCGGCUAUUAAAAUAGUCGACGACUAAUUUAAUCGUUGAUUGGUCGUUACUUUGUAAUAUAUGGAGUCAAGAGUGUAGUAAAGUUGAAAGUUAUAAUGGCAUUCUGCUAGCUUUUUGGACUAUUUUAGCACUUAUUAAGGUUUUUUUAGGCUAAUUUGGAGUUUAGUUAAUAUUUCAGCUACAUGUUAGCUC